AUGGCGGCGGUAGCAGCGGGCCCGGUGUUCUGGAGGCGGCUGCUGGGCCUCCUGCCCGGCCGGCCUGGGCUGGCCGCCCUCCUCGGCCGUCUGUCGGACCGACUUCACAGGAACAGAGACCGCCGCGGCCGGAGGUCACCAUGGCUCCUCUUGGCUCCCUUGUUGUCCCCACCUAUUCCUCAGGUUACCUCCCCACCUUGCUGCCUCUGUCCAGAGGGGGUACACAGGUUUCAGUGGAUAAGAAACUUGGUUCCAGAGUUUGGUGUUUCUAGCUCUCACGUUAAGGUGUUAUCUUCUCCAGCUGAGUUUUUUGAGCUCAUGAAGGGACAGAUAAAGACAGCCAAAAGGCGUGUAGUGAUGGCCUCUUUGUACCUUGGGACAGGUCCUUUGGAACAGGAACUGGUGGAUUGUAUAGAAAGUAGUCUAGAAAGGUCACUCCAAGCAAAUUUUUCUUCAGACCUCAAAGUCUCCAUUCUCUUAGAUUUUACUCGGGGUUCAAGAGGUAGGAAGAACUCCAGAACAAUGCUGCUCCCGUUACUGAGGAAGUAUCCAGAGCAGGUCCGUGUCUCCCUCUUCCACACUCCAAACCUUCGUGGGCUCCUCCGUCUCCUUAUUCCUGAACGCUUCAACGAGACCAUUGGUCUUCAGCACAUUAAAGUUUAUCUCUUUGACAACAGUGUGAUCUUGAGUGGUGCAAACCUGAGUGACUCCUACUUCACCAAUCGCCAGGACCGCUAUGUGUUUCUGCAGGACUGUCCAGAGAUUGCUGACUUCUUCACAGAGCUUGUGAAUGCAGUAGGAGAUGUGUCCUUACAGCUUCAGGGUGAUGACACUGUACAGAUGGUGGAAGGGAUGGUACAUCCUUACAAAGGAGACCAGACAGCAUAUUGUGAGGCAGCCAACAAAAGAGUCAUGGAUGUGAUCAACGCAGCUCGGACCCGGCAGCAGCUGCUCCAUGCUCAGACCUUUCACAGUGACUCUCUUUUGACCCAGGAAGAUGCAGCAGCAUCUGGUGACCGGAGGCCAGCUCCUGAUACCUGGAUUUAUCCAUUGAUCCAGAUGAAGCCCUUUGAGAUUAAAAUUGAUGAGAUUGUUACAGAGACACUGCUGACAGAGGCAGAGAGGGGUGCUAAGAUCUACCUUACUACUGGUUAUUUCAACCUAACCCAGGCCUACAUGGAUCUGGUCCUGGGCACUCGGGCUGAGUACCAUAUUCUGUUGGCGUCACCUGAAGUGAAUGGCUUCUUUGGGGCCAAGGGGGUGGCAGGAGCCAUCCCUGCUGCUUAUGUCCACAUAGAGAGACAGUUCUACAGUGAGGUCUGUAGCCUAGGGCAGCAGGAACGGGUACAACUACAGGAAUACUGGCGGAGUGGUUGGACCUUUCAUGCCAAAGGCUUGUGGCUGUACCUGGCAGGGAGCAGUCUGCCCUGUCUCACGUUGAUUGGCUCUCCUAAUUUUGGAUACAGGUCAGUUCAUCGGGACCUGGAAGCCCAGAUUGCCAUUGUGACAGAGAACCGAGCUUUGCAGCAGCAACUCCACCAGGAACAGGAGCAACUUUACCGAAGGUCAGGUUUGGUGUCAUCAGCCACCUUUGAGCAGCCAAGUCGGUAUGUCAAGCUGUGGGUGAAGAUGGUGACUCCACUGAUUAAGAACUUCUUCUGAGCUGAGAACCUUAUGACCAUUUGGUUAAAGGUCCAGACAUACGUGGGUCCACGGAUUCGGGUUUUGUAGACAGGACAUUCAUAUAUGUUCUUGGUGUCCAUACGGUCUACAGGAAUGGCUUUGAUGAAGAUGACGGGCAUGGGUGGUGUUAACUCCUUCAGCCGAGCUUCUGCAAUGACUCCGCUUUGGGUGUCCCAGCGAGCCCCUGCAAUCAACAACAUGGCUCCGGCUCAGGUUUCCCAUUUGGUGUGCUGGCAGUAAGUCAGGGGAAGGGAGAAAGGGAGAGAGGCCCUGCCUUUGCCCCUUCCUGCCCUUGGAGAAGUGCUUAUGGGACAGUCUUGGCUCCUGCAGAGUAGAGGCUUUUUGCCAGGGCUUGAACUGUCACAGAAACAACUAAAAAUGGAAUUUGCUAAAAAUAGGGUUUCAUAGGGGUAAUUACGUGCACGUUACAAGUGACUCGCUUAUCCCACUGUGCACUCAGGAAUUGCUUAACACAAAAGCUGCGGAUGAAUGAAGUUCCUUGAGUUUCAUCUAUUUAAAACUAGUACUUUCAGAGCCUGAUCCCUCAGCCUUCUCUUUGCUAUGGCAAGAAAUCAUAGCUGUAGCUGAAGAUUAUUGGAGACCUUCAUACUUCAUGUCUGUCUUGUGUGUAUAUAUACAUUCUACAUAAAAUAUAUAUAUUAUUAUUAAAGGGAUAUGCUUUUAACCAAACUAUUAUUUCUACUCAUCCUAUUUAAUGAUGUUUAUAUUUCCUGCCUGAAAUUCCAAAAUAAAUACUGACAAGUGGUUGCAA